AUGAGAGAUCUAUCAACAUGCAAUUCUCAAUGAUGCCAAAAUAAAGUCAGCUUUAUGUGCCUGUGCGAUAAUCUAGAAAAUUAUUUCUGCUGAGAUCAUUAUAUCGGCCAUGUUAGUAUGUGUAACAAUAAAAAUCAUGAAACAAUGCAAGUAGAAGGCAUCAGCUCGGAAAUUUAUGAUAAAAUUCAAGACAAGCUUAAUGUAGUUAUAGAAGAGACAAAUAAACUUAAAGAAAUAAUUAAUGAAGAAUUGGGAAAAUUAGAAGAUCACCAUGAAAAAAUACAGGUAAAAGUAUCUAAGACAAGAAAAACACUCACAAUUGAGCUUCAAGCUAUAGUUGAUACUUGCAACCUAGUUAUUGAAAAAAUGAAAAAGCCAAUCAUUAAAAAAGAUUAUUAUACCCAGCUAGAAUAA